UCCUACACACGUGUUCGGAGUUAUUUUGUUAUUGUGUUUGUUUUGAUUACUGUUUAUUCAGCUUUUGCUUAUUGCUGACUAAUAAGUGAGUGCCAGUGCUCUAACUGUGUUAGUAUAUGCUACAGGAUGGAGGUUACACAGGAAAAUUUUACAACAUUACUACCAGAAAUCACGAAGGCGAUAGAAAACUGUACUUUUUUAAGUAUAGACUGUGAGCUUACAGGGUUAAAAACUGCUUUGAAUCAAGUAAACUCAUUUGACACCCCAGAACAGUAUUAUUCAAAAGUUCUUAAAGACUGCAAAGAGUUCUUGACCAUUCAGUAUGGAAUCACUGUUUUUAGAUUUGAUGAAGCCAAAGAUGCCUUCAGACAUAAAAGCUUUAAUUUUUACAUUUUUCGUAGACCUCUUAACAAAAAUUUACCAGAUCAAAGGUUCCUGUGCCAAACAUCUAGCAUAGAUUUUCUGAUAAAUCAUAAUUUUGACUUUAAUAAACUCUUCAAAAUGGGCAUUUCUUACUUAAAUGAAAACGAGGAAGAAACUUACCGCAGUAUUCUUGAGGAACAGCAGAAGAAGAGUGUGGACUUCAUAAGAUCUCAGCAGAGUGGCAAUUGUGAUAAUAUUAUUCCAGUACCUGAUGAACAUGAAGCUUUUAUCGAGGAUAUUGUAACACAACUUAAUACUUUCCUAGAGAAUGAUGAUUCAGAGUUUCAACUUCCCAAGUGCAAUGCAUUCUUGAGAAAACUGAUAUAUCAAACAAAUUCUCAAAGAUUUGCCGACAAAAUCCAGUUAGAAACUCGAGAAGUAGAUAAGGAGAGAAGAAUGUUUGCCACCAAGCAAAAAAGUGAACAUGAUAAAAUAGAAUUGGAACAGAAAAAAUAUGAAAGUUUAGUUGAGCAAUUAGAAAAUUAUGUGGGUUUUAGUAAAGUAGUCAGAAUAAUAGUGAAAUCUGGAAAGCUUGUUGUUGGACAUAAUAUGCUAUUAGACUUUUUGCAUACAAUUGAUAAAUUUUUGACCCCAUUACCAAAUGACUAUUUGGAAUUCAAGGAAUGUGCUAAUUCCUUAUUUACGAAUGUUUUAGAUACAAAGUACAUUUCAAGUUCAGAACCAUUUAAAGAUAAGGUUACUUCAACAAUUCUAGGACAAUUGCUGGAAACUGUACAAAAGCAACCUUUUGAGUUGCCAAAAUUUGAAUGUGAACAAGAUGGGCAGAGCUACCAUUUAAAUGACACCAGGGAUCAUGAAGCUGGAUAUGACUCGUUUAUAACCGGUCUCAUCUUCUCUGCACUAUGGAAAUAUUUAGGUACUCAACAUAGUUUAUCUAACAAUGAUAUAUUUAGUUCAACAGGAAUAAGGUUACUGAAACCUUACAUGAAUAAAAUAUUUCUUAUGAUGCUCACCGACGGUCAAUAUUUACACUUGGCAGGCGAAGAUCUUAAUCCUUCGAGAGAGCAUGUCUUUUAUUUAACAUUUCCGAAAGAGUGGACCACAAGUAAUAUUGUACAAUUAUUUAGUCCUUUUGGCUCAGUACAUAUUUCCUGGCUUACAGACAAUUCAGCAUAUGUGGGACUCUACAAGAGAGAACAGGCGGGUGUUGCUUUUAAGACCUUAAGUCAAAGCAGUGUUUACACCAUUAUACCCUACGCUCGACGUCAGGCCCUAUUAGCCGGAAAACCCCCAAUAUUACCCAGCCCAAUAAAACGAAGGAAGUCCAGUGAUUUGCCAUCAUUGAAAAGGCGAAAAACAAAUAGUUUAGAUAGUAAUUCAUCCCAUUCUAAACGAUCCAUAGACCGAAUCAACGAAGAAGAACAGGCCGAAUGCGAGGAAGAAUCGGAUUCCAAUUCGAAAACAUUUGCGGAAUGUGACACUUGGGAUUAAACUUUUUGUUUAGUUCAAGUAAAACAAUUGAUUUAUUUUUUAAAA